UGUGAGUGCGCAUGCGCUGCACAUAUUUUUUCUGUAGAUUUUUUUCCUUUGCUAAAAGAAAACAUUUCUUCCGUAGAGUGAGUGUCAGUGUAUGGCCAGAUACAUGAGGCCCCCAAACACGUCUUUGUUUGUCAGAAAUAUCUCCGAUGAAUCCAGAAAAUGUAAAAGCAUCCAGUUGUGGAACCGGCCACAAAGAGUAACAAAGACCCAUAUAGAGUAGCUGUAAAGACAAGUCACACAGACCUUCAGGAUCAGAGGGAGGGAAAAGGUUGAAAAGAGAAAAGUAAAGCAUGAAGAGGAAAAGGGAACGGAGACAAAGCUUGGAAAUGGCGGCAAAGAAUUGGGAAAAGAAAAGAGUUUUAAGAGGAAAAGGCAAGCAGGAAACCCAAGUCUCUGUGGGAGUCGAUUAAAGAGUGUAAAGAUCAAGAUGAAGUUCAAAGUCAAGCAUGGGCAAAGCAUAUUUGAGGAUGUGCGUGAUGCAGAAGAUGCUCUCCACAGCCUGGACAGGAAGUGGGUGUGUGGCCGGCAGAUUGAAAUCCAGUUUGCCCAGGGUGACCGGAAGACACCAAACCAGAUGAAGUCGAAGGAGAGGCGUUCUCCGGGCAGAUCCUCACGAUACGACGACUACGAACGAGACAGCCGGCGCCGACGUUCGCGCAGCCGCAGCUACGACCGCUACAGAUCGCGCAGCCCUUCUUAUGAUCGCCACCGCAGACGAUCAGAGAGUCCUCGAGAGUCUCGUGGACGGAUGUACGGAAGAGGGAGAAGCAGGAGCCGAGAGGACGACAGAUACAGGCAGAGGCCUCGGAGAGAGUCCAGAGGUAGAUCUCGAUCGCGCUCGAAAUCCGCAUCCCCACGAGAAAACGCCAACCCAGCGUCGACCUCCCAUUACACCGAGGAAGAGGUACGACGGACACACUCCCCAUCCCGCUCCAGGUCCCGGUCCGCAUCGAGAUCACGCUCCCGUUCACGUUCUCGGUCACGAUCCUGGGCUGGACGCAAAUCAGGAGGACGCUAGCAAACUAUGUGCUCCCCUUCGUAUCCGUCAUUGCGUCAGAUGGACCGGAGUUGUUCAUUUGUCAAGGAAAGAGUUAUUUGUUUUGACAUGAAUGUAAUUUCCCCUGAAGCAUUUGUAGAAAGCUCAUUUUUUUGCAGCUCCAUUUUAAGAACAAUGCUGGUCCUUUGCUUGGUUUUAUAAAAAAUGUUUGGGUAAGAUUUCCUGAUAGGAAUAUGAAACAGUGAAUGGUUUCUGUGUUCAGUGGUAGUAGGCCAGGAAUAAUCCUCUUUUUUAUAUACAGUUCUUGACUUUUGUUCUCGAAGACCCUAUGCACCUGUUUUUGCAAAAAAGAAGAAGAAAGAACAUUCAGUAUUUUAAAAAGAAUCGAGUCAGUUGUUGACACAAACCAGUGUUUCUGUGUGUUUUAUCACAUUUACCAUACAUCACAUUCUUAAUACUUUACUGACUGAUUUUUCUUGUGUUUCUUCCCUUUUUACAGCCACACGUUCUUUUUCUUCACUUGCAGGAAAAUUCAUUUUCAGAAACUUGAGAUAAUCUGUCAAAACGAACAUUAUUGAGAUGACAACAUGUAUUAUAAAGUGAAUGGACUGAAUUGAAAAGUACACUGUGACAACAAUAACAUGAGGAAACAUUUAAGUAGACUUGAUAUUCAAGUUUUAUGUCAGUAGAUUUAAAAGAUAAUUUAACUAAACAAAUGUGUCAGUGGCUGCCUGGAGGAAAAUAAAGAUCCCAAGUAUGAGUAUUGGAGAUAAAAUGCACAGAAACGCUGCUGUGGUCCUUACAAGUGUUAACAUUUUGUCAGCCAGUGACUUAAAUCACAAACUGCUUAAACUGUUCCUUAAUCUGUUUUGUACGAUGUACACAAUUUAACCUUCUGAAAAGGUAUUUUAUUUUCUAAACAUGUUUUCAUUUUUCAGUUCUGAGAGGAGGAACAAAAUUUUCUCGUUGAUGGUUUUUCAGAAUGAAUCUUGUCACUGCAUGUUUAAUUCUCCUGAUCUUCUAUCUUUAGUAGGAAGAAACUCUUAUUUUGAGUAAUAAAUGGAUAACAUUCAGUAUAAGGAAA